CGGAAUUCCAGGGAGGAAGUCACUGAGAUUGGGAAACGAACAACAACUCCAAAAGGUGCCAGAAAAAACAACAACCCUGGAGACGUGAAGAAGUCAGAAUACGACAAUUCCUCCUUGGGAACAGUGGAAACAUCUAACUUUGGAAUAUGGACUAGAUGCGCCGGGUCGCAGCAGAUGGAGGCGGCGAGAAGUUUGGUGUUUGUCGGGGCCGUGCUGCUCGGAGUGACGGGCGCGUUGGGCAGAGAAGUGUGCUUGGGUACAGACAUGAAGCUGGACCUGCCCUCCAGCCUUGAAAACCACUACGAGACCCUGAAGCUGCUCUACACUGGCUGCAAAGUCGUCCACGGCAAUCUGGAGAUUACACACCUUCAUGGAAACCCUGACCUCUCCUUCCUACAGGACAUCGUGGAGGUACAGGGCUAUGUUCUUGUAGCUCAAGUGUCGGUGGAUCUGUUACCUUUGGACAACCUUCGGAUCAUCAGAGGAAGCCAGCUGUAUAACUCCAGCUACGCCCUGGCUGUGCUGGAUAACACUCUGGGCGGACAGGGGCUCAGGAUGCUCCGGCUUCGUAGCCUCACAGAGAUCCUGUUGGGAGCGGUCUAUAUUUGGGGCAACCCCCAGCUGUGCUUCCCAGACCCCCAGUACAUCAAUUGGAGGGACACUUUGGACGAGCACAACGCCCACGCAAGGCUGCACCGACUGCAGGCUCGGGCCCCUCAAUGUCCAAGUUGUUCCUCUGUAUGUGAGAAAAGCUGCUGGGGAGAAACUAGACUGGACUGCCAGAACUUAACCCGAAUUAAUUGUGCGUCUGGCUGUCAGCGAUGUAAAGGUCCCAAUCCCCAUGACUGCUGUCACACGCAGUGUGCUGCAGGAUGCACAGGACCCAAAGACUCAGACUGUCUGGCCUGCCGUCACUUCAACGACAGCGGCGUGUGUAAGGAGAACUGUCCUCCACCCACUAUCUACGACCCCGUCACCUUUCAGACCAAACCCAACCCAAACAAGAAGUUCAACUUCGGAGCCACAUGCGUCAAGACGUGUCCCUAUAACUACCUGGCUAUGGAAGUGGCUUGUACUUUGGUUUGUCCCAAAGCUAACCAGGAAGUUAUUAUCGCCAACCCUGAGGGAAACGAGAUGCAGAAAUGUGAAAAGUGUGAAGGAGACUGUCCCAAAGUGUGUUAUGGUCUGGGUAUGGACAACCUCGGCGUCAUGGACAACCAUGGCGUCACCAUGGUAACGUCUACUAAUGUGGAGCAGUUCAACAAGUGUCAGAAGAUUUUUGGCAGUCUGGCCUUCCUCUCUGAGAGCUUUGCACGGGACUCUGUGAGCAACACCUCAGGUCUGACCCUCGAGCAGCUCAGCUCCUUCAAGUCACUGGAGGAGAUUACAGGCUAUUUGUACAUUGAUGCCUGGCCUGAAGAGUGGACUAACCUCAGUGUGUUUGAGAACCUGAAGGUGAUCAGAGGCAGGAUGCUCUACAAGGGUGUGUUUUCACUCGCCAUCCAGAAUCUGCACAUCCGGUCUCUUGGGUUGCGUUCACUACGCAGCAUCAGUGGAGGUUUGGUUCUGUUGUACAACAAUUCCCAGCUGUGCUACACCAGUUCACUGCCCUGGAACAGUCUCGUCCAUCCCACCCAGGGGCCCCACCGCAUCGUCAGCCAGAACCAGGACGCCCAACUCUGUGCGGAAGAGGAGCGUGUUUGUCACCGGCUGUGUAAGGGAGGCUGCUGGGGCCCGGGGCCCAGCCAAUGUGUGUCUUGCACGGCUUUCCAACGCGGCGCUGAGUGUGUCGAUCAGUGUGACAUCUACCAGGGGUCUAUCCGUGAAUACACAGAUGGAUCUUUGUGUGUUGCCUGUCACACCGAGUGUCGACCUCUCAAUGGCUCUGCCUCCUGUCGUGGCCCGGGUGCAGAACAUUGCUCAGAGUGUCGAAAAUUCCAGGACGGUGAGUUUUGUGUGGAUCAUUGUCCCAGCGGUGUGAAGGAGGAUCAGCAAACUGUGUGGAAGUACAGCAACGCUACAGGACACUGUCUGUCCUGCAACACCAACUGCACGCUGUCCUGCACUGUGAUGGAUGAGAGAGGCUGCCCCGUUGAUACAAGGACCGGACCGGGUACAACCAUCGCGGCUGCAGUAGGUGGAGUGGUGCUCUUCUUCAUCCUGCUGGCCCUGCUAGUUUUCUACCUGAGGAGACAAAAUAAGCUCAGGAGGAAGGAGACGAUGAGGAGGAUCCUGCAAGAGCAUGAGCUGGUGGAGCCUCUAACGCCCAGCGGUGCGUCACCAAAUCAGGCUCAGAUGCGUAUUCUGAAGGAGACUGAGUUGAAAAAACUCAGGGUGCUGGGCGCAGGGGCCUUCGGUACUGUUUACAAGGGAGUGUGGGCUCCUGAUGGGGAAAAUGUGAAAAUACCAGUGGCCAUCAAGGUGUUACGAGAGAACACCUCGCCAAAGGCCAAUAAAGAGAUCCUUGAUGAGGCCUAUGUGAUGGCAGGAGUGGCCAGCCCCUACGUGUGUCGUCUGCUGGGGAUUUGUCUGACCUCCACAGUGCAGCUGGUCACUCAGCUGAUGCCGUACGGCUGCCUCCUCGACUACGUCCGGGAGAACAAGGACCGCAUUGGCUCACAGUUCCUCCUCAACUGGUGUGUCCAGAUCGCCAAGGGGAUGAGUUAUCUGGAGGAAGUCCGGCUGGUCCACAGAGAUUUGGCCGCCCGCAAUGUUCUGGUCAAGAACCCGAACCACGUGAAGAUCACUGACUUCGGUCUGGCCCGCCUGCUCGAUAUAGAUGAGACUGAAUAUCACGCGGAUGGAGGAAAGGUGCCGAUAAAAUGGAUGGCCCUGGAGUCUAUUCUGCACAGGAAGUUCACUCACCAGAGUGACGUCUGGAGCUACGGUGUGACGGUCUGGGAGCUGAUGACGUUUGGUGCUAAACCCUACGACAUGAUCCCAGCGAGAGAAAUCCCAGAUGUUUUAGAGGGAGGAGAACGGCUUCCGCAGCCCCUCAUCUGCACCAUCGACGUCUACAUGAUCAUGGUCAAAUGUUGGAUGAUUGACCCUGACAGCAGACCGAGGUUCAGAGAUCUGGUGAAUGAUUUUACUGCCAUGGCGAGAGAUCCUCCUCGCUAUGUAGUCAUUCCGAACGAAGAGCAGAUGAGCAUGUCCAUCCCAGUGGACAGCCAGUUCUUCCGGAUGCUUCUGGAGGAGGAAGGGAACAACAUGAGGGAACUGCUGGAUGCUGAGGAGUAUCUGGUGCCUCAGCCAAACCACUUCCCCAGGACUACGGGAGACGGGGCUCAGGCCAACGGGCCAUCCAGACACCAGUCGUACAGGAGCAGAGAUCAGGGCUUAGAUGUUGAGUCCUCUGUUGCCGGCGGGCCUCGGAGCAUGUACUCCUCCCUGAGCACUCUCGGCCGCAGCCAGUACCCUACCUUACCCUUAGGAGCCAGCACCUCUAACAACAUAUGGUUUCCUCAGUACCCAACGCUGGCUCGCAGCCCAUCGGCCGGGGGCCAAUCUGACUCUGUGUUCCUGGACGGACCUCCAGCCGACUCCUCGCUGCCCCCAGCCAGCCCCGGACGCUACUGCAAAGACCCCACCUACUCCAACGGGAGCCAGGGCGACCUGGAGACAGACGGGCAAAAUGGCUUUCAUCAUCCUCAACACCUUCAUUACUCAUUGCCCAGACGGAGUCAUGGAUAUAAUCAUAAUCAAGCCUUGCCAGAGUACAUCAACCAGGAGAUUCAGGAUCUUAGGCCGAGGAUCUCCGAGCGGCCCAGUACGCUGCCUCGCAAAGGCUCCAGAGCAGACCGACGCCUCCCCAACGGCCUGAGCUCCGGUCACAGCGUGGAAAACCCGGGAUACUUGGUCCCCGUGCUUUCCGUGGCCCCCACCUCUCCAUCCUUUGACAACCCGUACUACCUGGACCUUGUGGCCAAGGCCAACGCGGUAGCCGGGGCUGCCGCAGUGGACGGCCCUGAGGCACAGGAGAGAGACGGAGGAGUGCCCAGGCACGCGAACGGGUUUGUGACCUCCACGGCAGAGAAUCCAGAGUAUCUGGGACUAGCAGACACCUGGAGUGGACAUACUUGAGGAGAGGGACUGGGAGCAAUGUGAUGAACUGAAGGGGAGUCACGGCUCGUGGUCUACUGAGGGAAACGAGGAGAAGGAGAAAGAGAAGAUGAAUAUUUGUGUGAGAGAUACAAGCUGGUUUUGUGACGGAUAUUUCGAAUAGAUUGGCAUGUGGAACUGAAAACCGGUGAAGGUUGUCUGGCGAAAGUCGCCAAAUCACCCAGUUGUGACGCCAUGACUCAACGCAGUGUAGCACUAAUCUGGUGUCUGUGGCAUUAUUUGUUUCCUGCCUUCCUCUUAGCAAUCUGUCUUCUCUAUGUGACUAAGUGCCAAAAGAAAGUUUAAAAAGAAGUUCCCUCAGCCUCUUUGUAUAACUCAGUACUUGAUAAGCAAAGGAGUUCACAUUUGUCAAAAUGGUACGAGAAGAGUCUGAUUGUCACAGAAUCCGACAUUCGACUGGAUUAAUGAAUGCUGAUUUCUUUUUGUUAUUAUUCAUUUAACUUGUUUAAUGUCUGUGGUUAUUUUUACUACACGUGAAGCAUUUUUUAUAUCUCCUUCAGUUCCCUCGUGCUACAUGUUGUUACUCAGCCCAGCUAAAAAGAGAUGCAAACAUAUGGAGCACUUUGACAAAGCGAGUCGUGAUAUGCACUGAAGGUGGUGUUUAGUAUUCUGGUCACUUUGUCUCUGACCUGAUGGGGGUCUUCAACACACUCAAAGCCAUUUUGUUUUGGCCAGAGAAGGCCCAGCAGCCCAUCUGGCCAGUAAACAUGCUCCCUGAAAGAAAGGCAUCCUGUAUGGAGAAGACAGAGGCAUUGUGCCACACUGAUGUAUGUGGUUGUUAGUGUCUCGGCUGCAGCUACUUUGUGGUACGACAGAUGAGAUACGAGGUUCUAGCUGCAAAAAUCUCAAAAAUGUUUUUGUUUUAAAGACAAAGUGUACUUGUAACUAAGUUAGAGCCGACUUUUCAGGGAUUUACAAUUUUACAAAUAAUUUGGGAAGAUUAUGUGCAGUUUGAAUGCACGAUGCACUACAUGGCAGGAUACUGCGUAUGUCCCCCCCAGGCUUGUGUUAUCACAAUGAGCCUUUUGGGUUUGGUGGCCUUUCACUGUGCAAGAAAGCAGUACAAGCUAUUGGAGAGUAUAUUCCACAAGAAGUGAAGAAUUUGAACGCAUGUAUGUCUACAUGUGUUUGCUAGCAUUCAUAGAACAAAAAGCAGUUCUGCUGUUUGUGUAAAAGUGAGCAAUGCACUCGACACUGGAGCUGAAUGUGAAUCUGAGGCAGAAACAUCGCUCUGCUCGGUUUUGGAUAAUCAAUGCGAGGCUUAAAUUCCACUCAGCGAGAACACACUGGCAUCCCAGUUAAUAAUCAACAGCGUUUUUUUUCUUCUUCAUGUUAACUGGUGUUGGGGCUGGUGGUGGUCAAAACAGAGUCAAUGGAGCCAUUGUCUGACCCUCGCGUCCAUGUUGGAAAGCCAGCGCUCUCCCGACUCGCACGUCCCAAGGACUCAUGUUGUCACAGCUUUCAAAAGAGAGAAAUAGACUUUUUUUUUUCUGCAGAGGUUUGGAGCUCGUCCGCAGACUGUGCUUCAGUGUUUGGGGGGAAAUCCUGAAACAAGUCUUGAAACAAUUGACUGGGUUGUUGAAAUGUGUACAACCCUCCAUCAACACAUCGGUCUGUACGUCUUCGUUUUAAGUCUUUUAUCUUGAUGUUGUCAUACGGGUUUUGAAGAGUUUUGUUCCAGGAAAGGAUCUCUAAAAAUCAAACCUGUUUUUAAAUAACAAUUUCUUACAUAAAAAUAACUAUAAGACUUUAUUUUAAUACCCUCAACUAUCAUAAACUAACACUGUUUAGAAUGGAAUUAUUAUUGAGUGAUAAGAUAGAUAUAUAUAUCUAUCGCCACAUGAAUAAAGCAGACUUUAGGUCGACUAAAACAAAAUGUUCACAGAGAAAUGUGCAACCUUUUAAAUUUAAAGUUGCACCCUCUGAUUUUUUUCAUAUUGCCCAAUAGCACCAUUGAAUCUUUAAAACUUAUAGAAGUUACGUUUUAAAACAUCAACCAUAAGUUGUGACGAAACGUGGGGGUGCUUUUGGGUCGAGUAUCUACAAACUCUGCUGGAGAUACGAGGUUUUCACAGGACGCAGCUCACAGAUGUCCCGUCUUCCUUAAGAAUGUGAUAUUUUUCAUGGAUAUUAUGAGACCUUACAUACAAUCACAGUUGAUGUACUGGUGUUUACACUGUCGUGUCUUUUUGUAUUAAAUGUUAAUUUUAGAUGCGUCAUGUGGCCUACACAGGACCAGUGGCACUCGCAGGUGACGGGCUGAUCUACUUGAUGUCCUCCUUUUUUUUAAAAACCAUAUUUGUCCUUUUCUCUAGUUUGUUUCGAUAUAAAACUGUUCAGUUGUACGAAAAGCAGUUCAGAUCAUGAGGAGAAAACGCUGAAUCAUGAUCUGAUUUCGAAAAAAGUAAUCUUUGUCCCUUUUUUUUUUUUUUUUUGUGUGUAAACUGAAUGAAAAUGAGGUCUGUGAAUGUUUUUAUACGUUUGUUAAACAUCUAGAAAAGUGUGUUUUUAAAAAGUCUGAAAUGUGACCGAAGCAAGAAGCUGCAUGUUUUGAUCCAGGAAGCCGAAGAGGAAGGAACUAACGAGAGUGUGCUGAAGGUUUUAUACAAUUAAAUAUUUGUCAUUUACAUUUUGAAGAAAAUGUAUGUUUUGUACUUUUCAUGUGAACGGUUUGUGUGAUUGUGACAGGACAUGAAUAAUAAUAACCAUGUUAUUGGGAGUUUCUUUCUUUUUUUUGCAUCCUUAUUUGGUCACUAAGUCCCAUAAUGUAAAUAUGUAGUAUAUAUAAAUACAAACGAUCACUUUGGUAGCUAAUUUGAUUGAAUACAUCGUGACCAGUUGCUCUACUGUGGAGGGAGGCGGGAGUAAAUACAUAAGAAAAUAUUUUAUGAAGAAAUGGUCAUUUUAUAUGUAAUUGUUUGCAUACUUUGUGUGUCAUUAAAAUCUUAUCAAACACAUAAAACUCCAAUGUCUUCUAAACCUUUAUAGAGAGUGGAAAAACUAAAGCUCAGGCUC